AUGGCUUCCUCUGCGCUCCUAGCCCAAAUUCAAGCAGGUAAAAGGCUCAAGAAAGCAGAGACAAAUGACCGCAGUGCCCCAGCUAUCGACGGGGGAGGUGUGAAGAGAUCUACUGGGGGAGGUGCUUCCAUUGGAGGCGGCGACGGCGGCGGUGGCCCAGCACUCGGAGGUCCUCCGCAACUUGCAGGACUCUUCGCUGGAGGAAUGCCCAAGCUCAAGCCUGCAGGCCAAAGCAAUCUGGCCAAGCCUGCAAAUCUAGCCAAACCACCUGCAAUUCCAAAGCUGGGAGGUGCGCCUCCAUCGCCAGCAGUGCAGGCUAAACCACCAGCUCCUCCAAGGCCCUCGCCAGCACCACCACCAAGGCCGACUGCCUCUGCUCCACCAGUGCCCAACCGCACGGCACCAACCUUGCCAUCGAGAGCUAUACCAUCUCCUAGCUCCGCGGCGCCUCCACCUCCCCGCAGGCCGCCACCGGUCUCAGGUGAAACUGAUUCCCCUUCGCGAGCAACUCCCCCAAUUCCUCCUCGAGCCGAAUCUCCCAACCAAUCACCGGUCACUCGAGCGGCGCCUCCGAUUCCUUCCCGAAGUGGAUUGGGAAGAGCUCCUCCGCCUCCUCCCCCUCGUCCUGGCGCACCUAUCUCACCGGCCAGAGCUGCCCCACCGCCACCUCCUCCUCCUCCUGGCCGCAAGGGCCCGCCUGCGGCCCCUCCACCACCCCCAGCACGAGUCAGCGUGCUCGCCGAGCUCAAUGAUAGAUCAGGAUCUCCUGAUGGUCGCUCUUCCCCUAGUCGACCAGUUCUUCCGCCCCCGAGACGACCCAACAGUCCCCCCACGCACGCUGCGCUCGCGCCUCCAACGAGGGCGCCGCCGGUUGUGUCGGGACGCCCUCCCCCACCACGUCGACGAAUUCCCUCACCUCCUCCGAAUGCAGGUCCGCAUACUUUCCCUGUCUCAGAUUUCCCGCCGCCAAGACAGUUCACACCACAGGCUAGAACUUAUGCAAGCGGUAACCAACAUGGCAGUAACUUCGAUCUCGGUGUCCUCUAA